AUGGCGAUCUCAGUUCAUGUUGCCUUGGCCAGCGGCCGUUCAACGACUUUGGAGGCCACCGAAGCGAUGCAGGUCCGGGAGCUCCGGGCGAUGGCCGAGGAGCGCUUCAAGGUUGGAAUUCGGAGUUUGGUGACCUCUAAGGGCGCAGCACUUCUUGGCUACGUGUGCUUGAGUGCAGCCGGCGUGCAGCAUGGGGAGACUCUCACUGCCACAGUUCGCAGCGCUUGCUUAGUCAAAGGCUCGGCUGCUUUGGGUGUGAUCCGUGGCGAUGGGUCUGUCGUGACUUGGGGCGAGAGCUGUGAUGGGGGCAACAGUGCUGCUGUCCAAGAUCAGUUGAAGGACGUGCGGCAGGUUGUCGGCAACAGCUCGGCAUUUGCCGCCAUCUGCGGCGAUGGCGAUGUGGUGGCCUGGGGACGGAAAAGUGAAGCUGGUGACUGUUCCGCGGUGCAAGAUCAGCUGCAGGGCGUCCGCAAGAUCGUCGCAGCCAACAGCGCCUUCGCUGCCAUCCGGAGAGAUGGGAGGGUCGUGACCUGGGGUGCGCCUGAGUGCGGCGGCGACAGCUCCGCAGUCCAAGGCCGACUCGUCGACGUCGCAGAUGUCGUUGCAACAAACUUUGCCUUCGCUGCCAUUCGCACUGAUGGCAGCGUAGUGACUUGGGGCCGACCUGAGAACGGCGGCGAGUGUGAGCCAAAGCAUGCAAAGCAGCUACACGACGUCCAGCGUAUUGGCUCUACGGCGCUCGCCUUCGCAGCGAUCCGAGGCGACAGGUCUGUUGUGACGUGGGGUAAGCCGGAAGGUGGAGGUGACUGCAGCGGCGUGCACGGUCUAAAGGAUGUGAUGCAAGUAUACGGGGCCGAUGCCGCCUUUGCAGCGCUCUUGGCCAAUGGGCGCGUUGUGACUUGGGGCAACGCUGAGAAGGGUGGGGACAGCUCGAGCGCUCAAGAUGAGCUCCAUGAUGUGCAGCACAUAGCGGCUUGCUGCGAGUCCUUUGCCGCCAUUCGUGCAGAUGGCCGCGUGGUGACCUGGGGGAAUGCUAGCCGUGGUGGGGACAGCAAUCGAGUCCAGGACCAGCUGCGAGACAUUGUGGAGAUAGACUCUACGCUGUAUGAGUUUGUAGCUUUGAGGGCUGACGGAGCUGUUGUGGUCUGGGGCGAGAAGGCAGAUCGUUAUCCAGUCCCGGAGAGGCUCAGAGAGGUCUGCCAAGUUGUUGCGUCGAGCUCAGCCUUCGCUGCUCUUCAGGCCGACGGCAGCGUGGUCACUUGGGGUUUGGGUCCACUUGGCGGUGAUAGCAGUAGGGUUUCGGAACAGCUACGCGAUGUCCGCAUGCUUCCCGAAGAGCCACCAAUAGGGGAUGGUGUUCCUGACGACAUUCACCAGCAGCUGAAGCGCAAGGCUGCUGAUGUCGAUGUUGCAUAG